AUGAAUAUAUAUAAUCCUAUACUAGUUGAUGUCGAUUUAAUUAAAAUUAAUAUGAAAAAUAAGUUUAUAAGUCUUUAUGGUCUUUUACAUAAUCAGCAUUUAGAAUUUUAUAUAGUUAACAAUUAUAAAAGACUAGAAAAGCUAACUGAAAAUGACCUUCAUUCUAUAAAUGCAUACAUUAGAGCUAUUAAUAUUAUUGUGAACAUUUCAUUUAUGCAGCAGUAUAUUCAGUAA